AUGUCCACAAUGUCAGCGGAACAAAUAUCUGCCGAGCUGACGACGUGUGUAGAUGUCGUGGAGAAGGUUGCCGAUAAUUCAAAAAAUCUUAAAGGCACCUUCGUCCGGGAACUACGUAGAUCCACGCGCAAGAUAAGGGCCGCAACGGCAGCCCUAAUGGGGAGACACGUGAACACGGAUCCAAUAGAGGAAUCCAGCGACAGGAUGGAGAGGAUGAGGGAACGCAUAAAGGAGCUGGAGAAGCAGGUGGCCGACCUCACCAGGACGCGUCAACAGACGAGGGAAGAGGAACCAAAGCUUCACGAGAGGACACUAAGGAAGAGGAAAUACCGCAGAGUAGCGGAAACCUCUGACGAAGAGGAACAAGAACCCCCUCGAGCAAGUGCCAUGAGCCGGGAAAACGACCAGAACAUGGCCGAAAACGACCAGUACGUGGCUGAGGAGGCGGCUUCACAACGGGACGAAAACUACCCCCCGUUGGCGCUCAGACCGUCGAUCAGAGGAGAGAGAAAGGUGAUAGAGGAAUCGCCAGAAGAAAGGGCGCUAGAGGAGGUACGCAGGGUGAUGGAGAACAUCUCCCUGGAGAGCCUCUUCACGGGAGAUGCGAAAAGCGUCAGGGAGAAUCUAGACUCCCUAAUAAUCCGGUGCGUGGGAGCCAGAGCAAUCCUCCCGAAGAAACGAGGAACCGAGACGGCAGCGACCAAGGCCCGAUCAGUCGCAGAAGCAGAGACCAAGGCCCAACCCGCCAUCACUAAAGCGGAAGGACAGAACAAGCCCGACGCUAGGCAAGAGAGGAAGGCUGCUCAACAGAAGCAGCAACCCACUGGAAUCCAGGCGAACAAGCCAGUGGUACAGAGGCCGACGACGCAGCAACAACAGCAGCGGCAACAGCAACCCCAGAACACCUGGGUAGAGGUUGUAAAGAGGGGCCUCAAGAGCAAGGCCGCCACUGCUGAGCAACAAAAAGCCCAACAGAAAGGCGCAACCAAGAGCCAGGACCUAGCCCAACAGAAGGGAAAGGGCAGGGGAACUGAAGCUCCACAAAAGGGGAAUCAGCCUCCUCGUAAGGCGGAUAAAAGGAGAAACCCGAGGACGCAAGCGGUAGUCCUCACAUUCCCUCCUGGACUUUAUGCAGAGGGGCUGAGGAAGAUUAGGUCGCAGGUGAAGCUGGAGGACCUGGGCAUCGAGGGACUCCGACCUAGGAGGGCUCUCACUGGGGCACUCAUACUCGAGAUCCCAGGCGAGAAUGCCAAAGAGAAGGCGGACCAACUCACCGAAAGGAUAAAAGGUGUAGUCGGGGACGCGGAGGGAAUUAGGGUUACCCGCCCCACAAAACUCACCGAGAUCCGAAUCAAGGAUCUCGACGAUUCGGUCACCCAAGAGGAAGUGCGCGAAGCAGUGGUGAGGGCGGGUGAAUGCUCACCACAGGACGUAAAAAUAGGCCAGCUGAGGACUGCACCCAACGGCCUAUGCACCGUGUGGGCACAAUGCCCGUUUGCAACGGCGAAGAGGGUAGCGGCAUCCGGAAGACUGAGGAUCGGAUGGAUGUCCGCUAGAGUCGACCUGCUGGACGCGCGACCGCUCGUGUGCUAUAGGUGCCUCGAGCGGGGACACGUGCGCCAGCAGUGUCGCAGUAAAGUAGAUAGGAGCUCUACAUGCUAUAGGUGUGGAGGUGAGGGGCAUAAGGCACAAAACUGCAAUACAGAGCCCAAAUGCCCCGUGUGUAUGGAAAAGGGACUCCCGGCGAAACACAAAGCCGGGGGGAAAGCGUGUAAGCUGCCCUCCAAAGGGGAAGUCAGGCGACGACGCAAGGAGGACUCAGGCCAGCAAGGAACGGGCGGACGCCCAGCCCCAAACACGGCAGUGAGAACUCCCACCGAGGAGGCCAUGGAGGUCGAGACGACCCCCGUGCAGGCGACCCAGAAGACGCCGGAGGUUAGAGGCUCGGAGGAAGCCGGCGAACCGGCGCCUUCACGCCUCUAA